CACGUGGAUUCAACAUGGCCGGGUUUGUGGACCUGAACAUUCCCUACUUGCCGGAGAAGGAGUCGUUGCAGAAGUUGGUGGAAUCUGCCGCGCACCUUGGCUAUUCAACUGUAGCAAUCAAUUACAUCGUUGACUAUGAAGAAAAGAAAAAGGAUAUCGUCAAACCAAUAUCUCCCACAGAAUUGUUUCCAGACUUGCCUCUUGUGCAGGGCAAAUCCAAGCCAAUUAGGAUUUUAUCACGACUGACACUGGUUGUUUCUGAUCCAUCGCAUUGCAACAUUCUAAGAGCAACAUCUACAAACAUAAAAUUUUACGACAUCUUUGCUGUUUUUCCUAAGAAUGGGAAACUCUUUCAUGCGGCUUGCACAACCUUAGAUGUAGACCUCGUGUGCAUCAACGUAACAGAAAAGCUACCUUUCUACAUCAAGAGACCGUCUGUUAAUGUGGCAAUAGAUCGAGGCAUCUACUUUGAACUCCUUUAUGUGCCUGCCAUCAAAGACUCCACCAUGAGAAGAUACACGGUUUCAAACGCACUCAGCCUGAUGCAGAUCUGCCGCGGGAAGAAUAUCAUUCUAUCCAGCGGAGCAGAAAGGCCUCUCCAACUGCGAGGUCCAUAUGAUGUGGCUAACCUAGGGUGGCUCUUUGGCCUGUCACAAAGCAAUGCGAAGGCAGCUGUUUCAACGAAUGCCCGAGCAGCCCUGCUUCAUGGAGAAGCCAGGAAGACUGCCUUCGGAGUGGUGUACACAAAGAAGAAACCUCGAACUCCAGAAGAUGACGACUCUACUCCAGUCAGUAAAAAAGCCAAGACGGCAUUGUGACAAUCCAGUUCUUCUAUGGAGCACCUGGCGUCCCACCCACAGCUCCAUGCUGCCACCCUUGAAUGUUUGGAUGAGAAGAGGAUGUUGCCUUAUUAUGUUUAAAUUCGUGGUGGCUAAGCCAUAAUAGAGUUACAUGGAGUGUCUUGGUGGGGGACAUUGAAGAUAAGAGUGCAGGUGGGGCAGAAAUACUGCUUCUCAGCUGCCAGCAGAGGGUAGCAAGUUAAAGUUUUCAAUCCAUGGUGGAUCAUGUGUAUACCUGCACUCCUUUUUAUUAUGAAGACAUUCUACCAAAGGCUUCUUUUAUGUCCUGUUGCUGUCUCCAAUGUUCGAAACGUUACUAGGGAUGGAAAUUCCCUAGCUAGACUGCUUAAUCUUCCUUACAUCUCUUUCAUCAGAUUCUGUACGCAUGAUCAAAUGGUGACAAUUUGAAGGCUACAGAUGUGAGCCCUGGGCUGCGGAGCUGUGAGUGCUCCGUCUUCUUCGUGCCCUUGUGAGGAAGUUGCACCCACAGCCCAUGUCGCUAUAAGUUGCUGGCAAUUUCUUACCAUCCCCACCACAGAGCAAAUCAAUCAUCUGGAGCAUUUGUGUCACUUGUCCCAAGAAUACUGUACUGUAGGUAGCAGUAGCUAUGACUGCCUUAUAAAGCGUUGACACACCAGCUUUAGGAUGAGAAGAGACGGGGAGGAAAGUGGGGGCAACUGUUGUGUGUUUCCAGGGCAGGGCAGUGAGAAGCUGUCCCUGAGAGAAGAUUGUAGGAUUCAGCCGCAGGACUGAAACGUAAGCAGCCAGCGGGAAUCUGUGAUCGAAGACUCGCCCAGGCCCUUUCUGUCUCAUUAUCUUAGCAUGUCUAUUCUACCAUGUGACCUCCUUCAUUUCCACUAUUUCCUAAGGGCAAUUCUAAUUGGCUUUCUCACCUUUUUAGCGUGUUAAAUUGAGGUCCUAGCUAGAUGCCAGGGUGGCAGACUUGUGUUUGAGAACACAAGCCACCAGCAAACUGAUCAGACAAAAAUGUGUGGGUGGAGAGAGGAUUUCAUGCCAAGAAGUGGGUGGGGGUGGAAAGGAGGCAGGCGCUGCUCUUCUUCCGUCUGGAUUCCAAGCCCAGAAAGCAAACCAUGCAAGGAGGAAAGUGUGUACAGGCAGUUUUGGGAAGGGGGGGGGUUUCAGCACCUCUUCCCUCCUUAUGCUUCUCCAUUUUAAUUGUCGUCCUCGUCCUCCUCCUUGCACCCACAACCUCCUGCUUCAUACCCAUCCAGCACAUCCCUCGCUUUCCAGCAUGUGGGUAGCGCCGCUGUCAAAGCUAACUAGACCCUGAUAACAAACUAGCAAAUUGCUGAGAAGGACAUCCGCGGUGGUCGUGCUGUGUCCCGAAGGCCUGCUGGUUUGUGGACAUUGACAGGCAAUGCUGUUUGUAGUCUGUAGCCCUGAAAGCACCGAACCCUUGGAAUGCUAACUAACGUUAUUGGGAUUGCUUGCGACUUGAAGGGGCUCCAGGUUUGUAGUUGCAGCUUCAGAAAUAUUUCAGAUUUAUUUUGCAAUUGAUGUACGUAGCCUGAAACAUUUCCUCAGAACUGGCAUGGUUUGGCUUUGAUUUUUUUUUAAAAAAUAAAUUAAACAUCUUUAAAAGAUGUUUACUUUACAGUAUGUCUCCCGCUCUCUUUCUCUCUCUACCAACUUUCCCUCUUUAAUUACUUGUUCCGUAUCCGUUAUAAAACUCUGUAAGACGAUAGAGGAUCGUAGAAUCAGGAGCAGAGCCAGACCCAGUGGUGGAUGGGAUGUAGUCAACUUCGCUCACUUCAAACUGUUGAAAACGUGACCUUUAAAGAUUCUUCCCAGCCUACCCAAUGCUUCUGUGACCCAGUUCAUAACUUUCAAGGCACCUGCUAGCAAGUCAGAAACAGUUUUCUUUGUGUUUAUUAAAAAUUUCAUCUCACUUCUUCCAUCCUACAUGGCAUAUUCAGAUAAAUCAGGGGCAGGCAAUG